AUGCCCUCGUCAUCAGCGCCUCUUCCUGCAACAUACGAGGAUCUCCCCAAUCCUCGCCAGUACUGGCCAGCGCCCGCCGGCUCCUACGAAGAGGGUCUUGGAAUGCUCCGUAUCCUGACCCCCGAGGUUGUAGCCUCAGCAGCGCGCAAUGAAAUCCAAACGGGAGAACGAGUGUGCCUAAACUGGGAGCUUGAAAACCUCGAUCCCCCGGGCUUCGGCCGUCGUCCAUUCAACCACGUUAUCAAAGUCGUGGAGUCUAGCAAUGGCUCCGCGCUCGACGACGAGUACCACUUCAACCCGCAGCAGUCUUCUCAAUGGGACGGCUUGAGGCAUCAUUCUGGCCCAUGGCCCAAUAACAAAACAGAGGAGAAGAAAUUGUGGUAUGGCGGCACCACACUCGACGAGAUCAUCAACACAGACUCUGGCCGAAUCGGAAUGGGACACUGGGCCAAGAAGGGCAUUGCUGGUCGCGGCGUCUUGCUUGACUAUGCUUCUUGGGCUGAACGCACAAAGGGCUUGAAGCCUAAUUUUGCCUUGACUCAGCACAGGAUCUCGCUUGACGAUCUUCUCGCCAUUGCAGAGGAGUCUAAUAUCAAGUUCCAACACGGCGACAUUCUGUUUGUUCGUGUCGGUCUGCCGAGUACUUGGAACGGAAUGACGGAUGAAGAGAGAAAGGCAUACGCGCAACAAGAAACGCCUCAACACGCAGGAGUUGAGCAAUCUGAGCGCGUGCUCAAAUGGCUUUGGAACAACCAUUUCUCAGCCGUGGCGGGCGAUGCCGUCAGUUUUGAGGUUUUCCCUGCCAUGGAAGGUGACUUUGAUCUACAUCAUCACAUCUUGGCCGGAUGGGGUAUGCCUAUCGGCGAGAUGUUUGACUUGGAUGGUUUGGCUGAGCUGUGCAAGCAGCAUAAAAGGUGGUCUUUCUUCGUUAGUAGUAGUCCGUUGAAUUAUGCCCGAGGUGUGAGUAGUCCGCCGAACUGUAUGGCUAUUUUUUAA